AGCGCAGCGACGGAGCGGCUCAUGCACGGCGACUGUCAGGUGGAGGCGGCAGACGGCAUGUCGGAGCAGCCGGACCCUGAUGAUGCCGGGUCAGAGGAGUCGGAGCGAGACAUCUACAUGCGCUUCAUGAAAUGUCACAAGUGUUAUGACAUCAUCCCCACCAGCUCCAAACUGGUGGUGUUCGACACCACGCUGCAGGUGAAGAAGGCGUUCUUCGCUCUGGUGGCGAACGGUGUGCGAGCUGCACCGCUGUGGGAGAGCAAGAAGCAAGGCUUUGUGGGAAUGUUGACCAUCACAGACUUCAUCAACAUCCUGACCAGAUACUACAAAUCUCCCAUGGUGCAGAUCUACGAGCUGGAGGAACAUAAGAUCGAGACGUGGAGAGAGUUGUACCUACAGGAGACCUUCAAGCCUCUGGUCCACAUCACACCUGAUGCCAGUGUGUUUGAAGCCGUCCACUCUCUGAUCAAAAACAAGAUUCAUCGACUUCCUGUCAUUGAUCCCAUCAGUGGGAACGCCCUCUACAUCCUGACCCACAAGAGGAUACUCAAGUUCCUGCAGCUCUUUUUGUGUGAGAUGCCGAUGCCGGCCUUCAUGAAGCAGACUCUGGAAGAGCUUGGUGUGGGAACAUACUCCAACAUCGCCUACAUCCACCCCGACACGCCUCUCAUCAUGGCUCUGUCUGUCUUCACGCGGCGCCGCGUCUCUGCCCUGCCCGUCGUUGACCACAACGGGAAAGUGGUGGACAUCUACUCCAAGUUCGAUGUGAUUAACCUGGCAGCUGAGAAAACCUACAACAACCUGGACUUGACGGUGACCCAGGCUCUCCGACACCGAUCCCAGUACUUCGAAGGAGUCAUGAAGUGCAACAAGCUGGAGACUCUGGAGACCAUUGUGGAUCGCAUUGUGAAGGCUGAGGUUCACAGGUUGGUGAUUGUUGAUGAAGAGUCUCGUAUCGUCGGCAUCGUGUCUUUGUCGGACAUCCUGCAGACGCUGGUUCUGACCCCCGCAGGUGGUUGGCCCACAUGA